UCUCGCACCGCAAGUGCUAGAUCUGCCACACUCCUGCAGACCCGGCCAACGAGAGUGGACCCAUCCUCCGCCGAGCACUCGUAAUCUAAUCUAUUUCAAUCAUUUGUGAACCGUGAUAAAAGAUAGACAUUUAUCGGAUUAUUCUUCGCCAGGAAGGAUCAGCGCUAACCACGCCGAGCACGACCAACGUACAUCCGAGGGGAGAUAAAUUCGGGGUGCCCGUUGAGUGGUUGGAGUAGUCAGUGUGUUUGGGCGCGUGUGUAAAGGGUGGAAAAUUAUUAUUACGUUCCGUCAGUUGGUACCCUGUCUGGUGAGCAUUGUUUGUUCGAGAUUCUAUUUUUUCCGGACUCUCACCCACCCAGCGCGGCUACCAAUCAAGUUAUAUCAGCCAACGUUGCCUUCUAGUGGAAGCGUGGAAAUCGUGUGAAUCGUUACGCGCCAGCAAAGAAGUUGUUGGUUCAACUUUUUUUUUUUUUGUGAGUUACGCCAGGAAUCUUUUUGAUAGUGAAUCGACUUUUUGCUUGAAUCUGGAGAAGACGUGAAAGGAAAACCGGAAAAUGAAAUUAUGGUAAAAUAUUUGCCGUGAUGAAAUAGCAUUCGGACAGGCAUUGGACUUGGAAAACGUUACUUCGAGGAACUAUGGAAUAAGUUUAGUCGGGCGUUGUGAUUGAGGUGCACCGAAAUUUGUGGAGAAAUUGUAAAUUAUUAUUUUUUGUGUGAGCGUCGCGAAUCUUUAUUCACCGAACCUGAAUGGACUUUUCCGUGGAAAGCGAAGGCAAGUACCUUUCUGAAAGCAUUCAUCGACACCGUGGAAUAGCAAGUCCACGCGUAUUGAAGGUAUUUGAAUAGAUGCAAUCAAAUUUUCCGCGGAACUUUCUGUGAUAAGAAAAUUACAAAAGCCCGAUUCAAAAUGUUCAUCAACGGAAGUGCAAAACGCACCGGCGGCUUGAUAAUGCUCAAGACGAGUUUGGUGCUCGUUGUUGUUGUUCUGAUUGCGUCGACAACGGCAGAAGAAGCCCAGGAUGCUACAUUUCAAACGCGGAAUCACAAAGCCAUGCGACCGGCCGGUGGGAGUGGGACUGAAACGAGAUCCGCCACUAAUGAGCAGUCGCUGCAGCACGAGGAUGAGAACGAAAGUCAGCCCGAUGAAGAUCCUUACGGCAGCAGCAGUGUGGAGGACGUUGACGAUGGUGAUAGUGAUAGAAGCAGCGACGGUAGCAGUGAGCAUAGCCGGGUCACGACUGACGCUUCGUCGGAACAGCAGGAUGUGACCACGCCGGGCAGUGUUAAUUAUGUCGCCACCACUCCCAAAAUUUCUAAAUCCGCAAAAAUAUUAAGCAGGUACGAGCAGGGUCUGGAAGACUACGAAGAAGCUGCCGCCCGAGUGGAGCAGGAAGACAACCGGCAACGGGAGCAAGAAAAACGGAAACAGCAGCCCUUCGGGAGCAUGAUAAAUCCGAUGCUAUCGUCGCUGUUCAAUGUGGUGAAUGCUCUAUCGUCGAAAAGAUCGUUCGAAGUGCUGGGACCGAGUCCGGCUCUACUGUUCAGCGCUUGGAACAGCCUAAAGGGUGACGUUGGCACAAGUGCCCGGGCCAUUGGCGAUGCCGAAAAAUCAACACGCGGUGACGAUGCAGAUAAUCAAAAUGGAAACUCCACCGACGUGGCGACAGCUGCUGAAAGCGCCCGAUACAUCAAGGGUGACCCUCUGAACGGAUACUACGAUUUCGUUAUCUCCGAAGGAUCGUACAAAUUUUGGGCCGCUUUCCAGGUGGCAACAGCCGUUCUCAUCAUCUAUUCCACCUUCGCCGCCAUCUAUUACUCGAAAGUAAGCCCCCUGACGUCGGAUUAUGACUACAUCGAUUAUCUGAACGGUGGCCGGUCCUUCGCCGGCGGAAGGGCAAUGGACGCUGCAGCCCCGGCAGCGGCGCGGAGAUCCUUCACGGACAACAUGUGGGACGGUCUGCUGGAGAAACCUUGGUUCAACGUGGCAACUAAUUCGUUCGCUUUCGUGAUGAAUGCCAUCGAAAGUGCGCCCAAGUAGAACGAAAGGGGAUUUGGGCCGCCGCUGUCGCGAGAACAAACUUUCUUUUUGUGCCAAUUUGGAUGAAACAUUUGACACGGCAAGAUGACAACCCCCAUGGGGAGGUCUUUUGGGUCUUUCUCGAUCUCGAAUGUUUUAUUUGAAUUUAGGUUUAUGGUUCAUUUUAGUUAUAUUAAUAUUGAAUUGAAAUAACCAUGUGUUUUAAGAUGCUAAUUGAUAUAAAUUGUGUAGUUUGUGGCUGUCGAAAUUGAAGUACUUCUGUGGUUGUUACGAAGUAAUAAAGCAUAAAUUUACAGAAA